CGUCUUUCAAGUUUUUAUGAUUUACUUAUUCUGACAGAUCUGGCGGGCCAGAAAUAACACAUUAUAUGACCGAUGUCGCGGGCCGUAUGAAAUCUGACCGCGGGCCGGACUUUGGACACCCCUGAAGUCUAAGUACAACCACCAUCUUCAUGCUGCUGCUGUGUGCGGCCCUCCCCUCCCUCUUUAUGGAUUGGCUGGUUGGUUUGACAUACAUCAGCUCUGACCAAUCGGACGUAAGAACAAUAACUAGCUCCACCCUGCUGUGCGCGUAGAAUUUCUGCCCUGCUGGAGUUGCUGGGCAGGCGGAGCCGUCUAGCAACGAGAUUUGACCUGCGGCCCCGAGAGCCAAUCACAGACGAGUAUUCCAACGAGCUCCGCCCAGGUUUUCCGGCCGUGUUCACGCCCCCUCAGUAGAAAUGACCAAGGGGGCGUGUUCGGAGGGCGUGUCCAGGCUCGAGCUCGAACCAUUUUAAAAAAGAAGCAACGUCUCCAGUCGCUGCUUCAGGCACCAAACAACAACAAUAUCCCAAACUGAUCCCCGGUCUGUCCCCCGGUGCGCUCCUCCUGUAGCCGGCCGCCUACUCACGCUGCCAGUAUGAUGCGUAAAGACGUCAACAAGCCCAAGGGGAAGACGUCGGCCUACGCCUUCUUCGUCCAGACGUGUCGAGAAGAGCACCGGAAGAAGCACCCGGAGCAGUCCGUCAACUUCACCGAGUUCUCCAAGAAGUGCUCCGAGAGAUGGAAGGGUCUGACUGCCGGUGAUAAGAAGUGUUUCGAGGACAUGGCGAAAACUGACAAGGUGCGCUACAACAACGAGAUGAGGGACUACGUCCCGCCCAAGGGCUAUGGCAAGAAGGGCCGCAAGAAGAAGGACCCCAACGCGCCCAAGAGACCCCCCUCUGCGUUCUUCGUGUUCUGCAGCGAGUACCGGCCCAGCGUGAAGCAGCAGACCCCGGGUCUGUCCAUCGGGGACUGCGCCAAGAAGCUGGGAGAGAUGUGGGGCAAACUGACGCAGAGCGACAAGGUGCCCCACGAGGAGAAGGCCCAGAAGUUCCGCGAGAAGUACGACCGCGACAUGGUGGCGUACCGCGGCGGUGGAACAACGUACGCCAGGAACCCCGGAUCUUCAGCUCAGGGAGGAGACGAAGCGGAGGAUGACGAGGCAGAGGACGAGGACGACGAUGAUGACGAGUAGAGGGGUGCAGCUGGAUGAGAGAGGUGUGUGUGUGUGUGUGUGUGUGUUUCAGAAGGUCACGUGAAGGUUCACCUCAAUAAAACAUGUAACGACUCAUUUCAAUCGGCAGUAAACUGUCUCCAGCUGGUCACAUGACUCAGUUUAUUUAUACAGCCCUCUGGAACACACACAGGGUGUGUGUGUUGGAGGUUAUCAGACGUUAAACUGUUGAAUACCAGGAGACAGUACAGUACAACCCCCCCUCACUGUUACCAUGGUUACCCCAGCACCCCCCCCCCCCCCCCUGUGUGGUACCAUGGAGACCCCCCCCCUUCCUGCUCUUCUUCAUGAUGAUGUUGUUGUUUUUUAUUUUCUUACUGGAGGUUUAUUGAGUUUUUAUGUUCUUUGUUCAGUGUAGAAACUUUUCUAAUAAAACAACUGAGGGGAAAACA